AUGGCAAAAUCUGCAACUUCUGCAACAAUCCUUAUUACAAGUAUGGACGAAGAAAUGUCAGUGGAUACCCCACCACCAAUGUCAUCAAAAGCACCAAUGGAACAUGUCUCCGGCCUGGGAAAUAAGGAUACGAAGCUGAUCAAUCGUUCGAAAGGCGUGGUGUACUUGGUACUCGUUCUAUCCGCCGCCAUUGCCAGCGUCUCGACUUUUUUCUAUAUGGAAGAGGAGGAUAGUAGCUGGUACCAUCAUGAGUUCGAAGAACACGGCGAAGAGUUGGUAGCAACGGUAGAAGAAACGUUGAUUCAUUCUGUUGAAGCCAGUGCUGACAUGGGAAGCUCCUGGACACUAGAAACCACGAAUCAAGACGAGAGCCAUGCCACACACGGGGCCAAUGUUACCCAUUCCAGCUUUGCCCUUCUUGGGAGUGCUUUGGCGAGCGUUGGAAAUGCUCAAAUGAUGGCAGUUGCUCCAAUAGUCACGGCUGCAAACCGGACACAAUGGGAAGCUUAUGCGGUCGAAAAUCAAGGCUGGAUCGACUCGGAUUUAUCACAAUUAUCCCACGCCUUUCACAAUAUAGACAACUUGAAUUCAGGAGAGAUUCCCAAGCAUAUCUAUGGAGGAUUUGGUGAAGGCACUGCAGAAGUACAUUUACCAAUCUGGCAAAUGUACCCGACGCCACAGAAUGCGUCGCAGUCUCCAAUCAUGUUCGAUCUCCUUUCUAUUGAUUGGUUUGCGGAUCUCUGGAACCAAAGUCUUCGAACCGGUAAACCAGCCAUUUCUACCAUUCAAGAUCUGGAGUUUUUGGUAAAAUAUGCCGACCCUAAACAAGAUCAAGCGCUUCCGUCUCCCAAAUUCGUACUCUUGGAGCCCAUCUAUGGGGGAUAUGAUAACACCGAGGGUAUUGUUGCGGCUGCUACUACCGUCUUCUCAUGGCUUGACUACUUUAUAGUAGUCUUGGAAGAUCAACCUUCAGGAAUUAUUGUGGAUGUUCAUCACAAUUGCGAGAAGAGUAAUGGAUCGACAUAUUCUUUUAAGAAGACACAAGGAUAUGUGAAGUAUCUUGGCGAGAAUAUGGAUCCUUCUCGUUAUAACAUAGCGUUGACCAAAGACUACAAUCUAUUUGGAGAAGGCAUCCCCGAGCCUAUGGGGUUUCUCGGAAAUGAUUCCUGUGGCUACAUCUUGACCGUUCAUGCGACGAAUGAGUUUGUCGAGCGAUGGCAGCGUAAUGAUUCUUUCACAGCUGCAGUCUUGGUCAUUGCUAUUUUCGGAUUCACGGCACUGGUCUUCUUCACCUAUGAUUUCUAUGUGCAACGAAGGAACCGUACCGUGACCAAUACCGCUGCGCGAUCCACAGCAAUCGUCUCGAGUUUGUUUCCCAAGAACGUUGCGGCGCAAAUGAUGGACGAGAUAGAGCCAGAAUCCCCAACCUCGAGAGGAGGUCGAUCAUCCAGAAUGUCCGACGCCGUUCAGCAAUUGGCUGGGUCUUCCAGUGCAUCGCAAGCGAAUGUAUCGGCUCUUGCCAUGUCCAAGAAGGCAGCACCCAUUGCGGAUUUGUUCGAGCACACCACUAUCAUGUUUGCGGACAUUGCUGGCUUCACCAAAUGGAGUUCUAUGCAUGAGCCUUCCGAUGUUUUCACCUUAUUGGAAACUAUAUUCAAUGCCUUUGACAAAAUCGCCGAUAAGCGGCGUGUGUUCAAGGUUGAAACUGUUGGAGACUGCUACGUAGCCGUAUGUGGUCUGCCGGAUCCUUGCGAUAAUCACGCGAUUGUGAUGGCAAGAUUCGCUUGGGAAUGCAUGCAAGCAAUGAGAAAGAUCAGGGACAAACUGGAGAAAAAGCUCGGAGCCGACACUCGAGAAUUGGAUAUGCGGUUUGGGCUCCAUUCUGGACCAGUGACUGCUGGCGUAAUUAGAGGACAAAGACCUCGUUUCCAGUUGUUUGGCGACUCUAUGAACAAGACUUCCAGAAUCGAAUCUUCCGGGCAAAAGGGAAAGGUCCACAUAUCAGAUGAGAUGGCCAACAUUCUGAAGGAUAGCGGCAAGGAACAUUGGCUCUCGAAGCGGGAAGAUGUCGUCAAUUUGAAGGGAUUGGGCGAGGUUCCAACAUACUGGCUCGGUCUUCAGAAUGAACGGCAUUCGGUAACCGGCUCAGUCACAAAUCAUUCAUCGACUGAAUCAUCGGAAGAGAUAGUGGCAAAGAAUGUUUGUGAAGCCUUUACAUCUGAUUGA